CUAAAGUUGUACACAAGCAUCCGAUGUGCAGAAAUCGGAGCAAAAGAUGCUUGCUUUUAUCGUAUUUUUGCGUUCUAUGGUACCCUGUUAUGCAGCUGCAAAAGAAUUCUAUACUUAUCCACGCUUAUUGCAAGAGCGUAGAACUGCUGGAGGCUUGGUACUUCAGCUUACAGAAAAGAUAACCCUGAAUCUUGAGAAAAGCACUGUAUUAGCGGAAAACCUCGUCUUUGUUACAAGCAGUAAAAGAUUAAAUGAGAUGGAAAACGUGAACACAUCUCGUAUCCAAGAAAACCUGUUUCAUGACACACAUUAUCAAUCCUCUGUGAUGGUACGGGAGACUGAUGGAACAGUAGAAGUUGAGGGUAUAGUCAACGACAACCUGAGAAUUAAGCCUCUACAGGAAGCUCAGCGUUCAUUGCAAGGCGACAUUCUGCACAAGAUAUACGAAAUACCUGAUAUCAACGAAAGAUUCAUCGACGUUGCGUCAAAGACUCAAUAUCUGAAGAAGGGUAACAAUGGAAGGCAUAGCAAAGGCCACAGUAAGAAACAGCACGCUCCCCGUACAGUACAUGAGCCAGUGUCGGGCAUGAAAACGUUUACUGUAGAAGUUCACGUUAUUUCUGAUAAAGCGCACCAACAAGAUUUCCAAGGAAAUGAAGCAUUAAUAUCUUACAUGGCAGUUAUGACAAAUGCGGUUAACUUAAGAUAUUUGGAAAUGGCCAGCCCCAAGAUAAAGUUCAUUCUUGUAGGAGUGACGAGGACAAAAAAUCAUGACUUCGCCAGUAGUGACGGAAGUACCAUUGACGCCGAAAAAAUGCUGUACGGAUUGCGAAGGUACUACAAUCAAGGAAAGGUACCAGGAAAACCUGACGUGGUGUUCCUUUUGACAGGGUUUGACAUGACCGACAUUCAAAAAGGAAAACUUGACCGCAGCCUUAAAGGGCAAGCCGCUUUAGGGGGAGUGUGUACUCCAAGCGCAGUAGGGGAAGGUGAGGAUAUUGCCUUGUCAUACAGUGGUGUCAACACAAUGGCCCACGAACUGGCACACUCGCUUGGGUCCGACCACGAUGAAACGCCAGAGUGUCCAUGGUCCAUGGGAUAUCUUAUGAGUUAUGUUGACGGGGGAUUAAGAAAAUACAAACUUUCUCCAUGCAGCCAGAAGGCCAUAACACGAAGAGUAACCAACCUCCCGAGCGACUGCAUCAAGGUUGUAAGUGAAAAGAACUAUUUGACUCACCAAAAGAGAGUUCCAGGCCAGACAGUUCGAGCGGAUUAUUUCUGCAAAAGGGUGUUCACGAGAGAGGCAAGAGGAAAGAAAGUAAAAGCGAGGAAGACUCUUAACUGUAAAAUCAAGUGUUGUUCUGAUGCUGGCUCUUUCGUAAACUGCAAGACGUACGACAUGUUGGAUGGUAUGGAGUGCACGCCUGGAAAGACGUGCAAGAGAGGAGUUUGUGGGAAGCAUGAAUGGUUCCACUGAGAAUGAAUAACUCUUCAAUAUAACGAGGAGAAGAAGGAACUGACUUACACAAUAAACUGAUUCCGGUAUA